AUGCCGUAUAUUCAAGACUUCUCUCGAAACAUUGCAGAAUUCGGAUUUCUCACGACAAUGUGUGGAAAUUCGGUUUUGAUAUACUUGACUGGCUGGAUGACGAAACAGAUUCAAGGACCUUAUAAACGAAUGAUUAUCAUUUUCGCAUGUCUCGGAUUAUCAUUUUCAGUUGUUGAGAUGCUAGCGAGACCGUUUGUGCACAGUUACAAUGGAGCAUUCGUUUAUUUUAGUCUGGCAAAAGAAAUAUCUGGAAUGCAGGGUAUUGUUACUUUCCUAUUGGCUUUAUAUGCUGGAUUGUACGCUGCAUUAAUUUCAUUUGUGGCUGUUCAGUUUAUCUUUCGGUAUUGCAUUCUCAACAACCAAGACAUGGCUACAAUGUUAUUCAAGGGAUGGAAGAUGGCAUUAUGGGUGAGCUACGCAUUGUUCUUUGGAGCGCUUUGGAUAUUUUUAUGCUUUUUUUGUGGAAAGUUUGAUGAAUAUUCGAUGGAUUAUACUAGAGAAGAAAUGUUGAACGUCUAUAACAUGAAUAUCACGGAAACUGCUGGAAUGAUUAUUGUGGCUUAUGAACCAAGUGAGCUGGACCCCAGUCAGAUUCAAUUGAGAAAAAGCAGUGCGAUAUUCUGGUGUGGCACUGUUUCAAUUCUGCUCGCACAAUACAUCGUCAUGGUGUUUUGUGGAACAUCAAUGCAUUUCCAGAUGGUUGAGAAGUUGAAACACUUCUCAUUGACUCAUCAACGACUUCAAAAGCAAUUUUUCAAAACUCUUGUCUGUCAGAUUACAGUACCAACUGUCUUGUUCCAUAUGCCAAUUGUCCCAGUGUUAUCUGCCCCAUUUUUCAAUUUGAAGAUAAGUAUUCAGUCUGGAAUUAUCUAUAGUUUCUUCAGUCUAUAUCCCCCAAUCGACAGUUUUCUGUUGAUGUACAUUGUAUCGGACUAUCGGAAUGCAUUGAGCAAAUUGGUGAGCAGAAACAAACAAGUUUACACUGGAAGCAAUGCAUUUUCCACUCACGUCAGUGUCAGGAUGACUUGA